CCGCGCGCGGGGACGCCCGGCCACUGGGCUCCACUGAGCCAGCGAGCGGUCAUCGCGGAGCCGGAGCAGCGCGUCGCGACCCAAGUCAACGCAGCCCGCAGGCAUGGCCCCCGCAGCGGCGUCAGGGGGCAGCUCCUUGCCCAGCGGCUUCGCGGUCUUCACCACCUUCCCCGACCUGCUCUUCGUUCUCGAGUUUGUCUUUGGGGGCCUGGUGUGGAUCCUGGUCGCCUCGGCACUGGUGCCCAUGCCCCUCAUCCAGGGCUGGGUGAUGUUCGUGUCUGUGUUCUGCUUCGUGGCCACCACUGUCCUGCUCAGCCUGUACAUAAUCGGCGCCCACGGCGGGGAGGCUUCCUGGGUCACCCUGGACGCCGCCUACCACUGUACCGCCGCCCUGUUUUACCUGAGCGCCUCAGUCCUGGAAGCCCUGGCCACCAUCCAGAUGCACAACGGCUUCACCUACAAGCAGUACCACGAGAACAUCUCCGCCGUGGUGUUUUCCUACGUAGCCACUCUGCUGUACGUGGUCCAUGCAGUCUUUUCUUUAAUCCGAUGGAAGUCUUCAUAAAGCCACGGAAGAGCCGUAGCUGAGAACCCAGAUGGUGUUAACCUAUCAGCCCGCCUUCCAGCAUAACGUUUUAGAAUGCAGACAUGCUCGCUACGGUGGAAAAAGAAAACCAACCAAAAAAAAAAAACAAACAAAAAAA